AUGACAAGAGAGCAGUUUUAUUCAGCAGCCUCUGCAAUGUGUGCUAUCGAAAUUGAAGAAGCCCAGAACAUCACCGCGCCCUUCUCAGAGCAAGUCCGCCUCUUGCACCUAGUCAACACAGUUUGGGUCUUCCUGGCAACAUAUUGGCUAUGCCACAAAAGAUUACUUUCAUCAUCAUUUAACUUAGAGAAGAAAUUGUUUAAACCACAAAAAGGUAAACAGUCCCAAGAAUUUGCUAAAUCUGUCUCUAGGAAGAUGAAUUUUAAAACCGCAGAUAGACCAGAUGGGUCCUUAGCCUUCUCAGAGAUCAUGUUAGCCUUCUCAGAGAUCAUAACAUGGGAGCAGAAAAAGGAGGUUUACAGAAGUUGGGGUUUGUCGGAAGAAGAAAUUUGGUCAGCUACUAAGUAUCCCUUCUAUAUGUUUCUUUCAGUAAAGAAAAUUACGAGAAUCAUGGAUUUUCUCGUAAACAGGAUGGGUUGGAGGCCUGCAGACAUUGCCAGAGUUGCAGUUGUUUUUGGUUAUAGCUUGGAGAAGAGAAUUAUCCCAAGGUGCUCAGUUAUAAUCAGAGUUCUGCUAGUGAGAGGCUUGGUCAAGGGAAAAAUAAAUAUACCUUCAAUGGUGAUAAUGGCUGAGAAGCAUCUUCUAUAUGCAUUUGUGAGCAAAUAUCAGGAAAAAGUAUUGAGCAUCUUUUGGGGGGGAAUGACUUUUCCGGAUUUAGGCAAUGAGUUUUGUGUGAUUAAUGUUCUUGCUUGA